AGAGUCAUCAGAAUUCAAGCUGCUGCUGACUCUUCUCUGAAUCAAUCCAGAGGAGCCUCUAGAAGAGAGAAAUGGCUUCAGUUUUGUCAGCCCUACUUCUUUGCCUCUUUCUUCAGUAUGCAGCAUCUGACUUGCACAACCUUUGCAUGAUUGAAAAUGCAACAAUGGGAGGCUCAUUCAGUUUAAUGAUUUAUCCAAAAUACCUCAUGCCAAACACAACAUACAGAGUUACUGUGAAUGGAACUGGAGCCAUGGUAAUGGUAGCUCUCUCAGCUUCGUAUAAUGGCAGCAGUGUUGGGACCUGGACAAAUGAUGCUGAAAACUGUGCAGGAGUUUACGGCAGCAAGAACCUCUCAUUCACUGAAAAGUGGAUGUCACCCAAAAGCAUGAUGAACAUGCAUAGCUAUGUUUUAUUCAAAGCCUUUGUCAAAAUGUCUGAAAACAUGACAUACGUCAUGAACAAAACUCUCAGAAUGGCUCCUACAAUGACUGCCAUGCCAAUUACGCAAACUACAGCUGCGUACAACAAAACUACAACUGUAUACAUGAGCACAACUCCAUACAACAUGACCACAACUCCAUACAACAUGACCACAACUCCAUACAACAUGACCACAAAUUUCAAAACUACCACCACUUCAACAGGUGCCAUUAUCUUCAAGCCACUGAGUGGAAUUAUUAGCAUGUCCUUGCUCUUUGUUACAGUGCGAGAACUGCUGUCAUAACAGGUUUGAAAUGCUAACCUUCACAAUUCCUAACAAUUUGGCAUAUCAAUUACAUUGCAGCCAGAAAGACUAUCAAUCCAUUCUUAGCACUCUUUCUAGAUAAAAAAACUGAAGCUAUUAUCUUUGCCGUAUCAAUCAUGAGCCACCAAAAUUGGGAAAUAUAUUUUGUAGGAACACCUGUUUUCUUUAAUAAAACGACAUUUGAAUGUUUACUGCAAUCCCAAAUAUUGUCCUUUGUUUCUCACUAUCUCAAAUUCCAGGCAAGCCUGAAUCAAUUAAGUCUACUCUUUACUAUACAUCUGUACAAGGGUGUAAAAAGUACUCUUGUUCUAUGUAGAGAUGAAUUCUAUUGGAAAUAUAAACCUGUUUAGAAUACAUGGCCAGUUCUUCCAAAUUAUCAUGAGUUGGCUAAUAAUCGUUAGGUUUUUGUCCAUUUUCAUUCGUUAUUAAAUUGCUAUUUUUUUCUGAUUCUUUUUUAUUGGAUUUUCUUUUGUAUUUUAGGCUUUUGUGCCUAUCAUGUCAGAAUUUGAAUAUUUAGCACCUUCAUUGUGAAGGUGAUGUCAAAAUAUCUCAGAUAUUUUGGUGUCACCGUUCAAUUGCUUUCUGUAAUGUAGCUUUGACAAUCGGUUGCACUGACGGCCUUGACCAACUAUCUAGACAAAUGUCUCAACAACGGAAUAUUUACAAUUCUAAGUUAAGCAUGUAAUUGGUUUCAUUUUCUUUACGAUCUUAUUCCAUCCUGCAGAUUAUUAACAAAUGUAUAUUGUAUUCACUGUGCAAUAAUGCUCUAUAGCCUAUCAGAUACCUUCAUAAUGUCAGAGAUUGCAUGGAUGGUAAUUAUAAUUGUAAUGUCACUGUUGUUUAAUGGGUAUCAAUAAUGAUCAUCUCAUUUCUAUCCAUUUUUCAAAUAUGAAUAUCAAAAUUCAUCAAAAUGUUCAAUAAAGGCACAGCACAAUUUUGUUUCCUGACAAUUAAAAUAUCACAUGAAAAUUUCAUGGAAAGAAAAUCCAAAAACUGUGCAAUGGACAAUCAUUUAGUUUCAUUUUGUUCCACUUAAUCUUACAUAUUCUAAAGUACAAAUCCUUUAGAUAAACGCCAGAAGCCAACUUAUUUAGUGGACCUGCUCAUAUUGUGCUUGCUGAAGCAUGGUGUCACUCGUAGUGUAAGCUUAAAAAUCAAAUCACCAUACAAAGCUUUAACAUAUACCUUCUAAAUUCCAUCAUUUGUUACUUUAAGUCAGUUCUCAGUCCACUUAGUUCGAGUGGGCUCAUGGCACCAUUAAAAUAGCGCAGAGAAGAUUUUGAUACCUAUGGGAUAAAAGUUCAUCUGAAUUUGUUUUUCUUUAUAACCUCCAGUCUAAUCACUCACUGUCGUCACCAAAUCAUCAUCCUACUUACAGUUAUAAGACAUAGGAGUGGAAGUAAGGCCAUUCAACCCAUCAAGUACAUUCCGCCAUUUAAAUCAUGGCUGAUGGGCAUUUCAACUCCACUUCCCUGCACUCUCCCCGUAGCCCUUGAUUCCUUCUGAAUCUUAUUCAGAAUCUAAUUCUUAUUCAAAGUAACAAUUCUCGCACUUCAUUCCCUGAAUCUACAAUUAAAUGGUUUUCAAUCACCAAAAGAGUAAUUGAUCCCAAAUCUUAAUUAUUAAUUAUUGGUUUCACAUUUAUAAAAUUUAACCUCACUUCAUACCUCCAUUCAAUUGCUUUACUUUAAUGAAACAUUUAUUGAUCCUUUGUUGGUAUUUUAUAUAAGAAGUAAAUGGCACAUUUCCAGACAAUUCAGACAUGAUACCAAAGGCAAAAGUCUUUUGAAUCACUGUCCAUUUUAUGAAGACCUGCAAGCACUAGCCUGCAAGUCUGAUAAUGCCCUAAAAUGAAGUAUGUUUUCACUAGUAUGGUGUCCAAAGAUAAUGCCUAGGUAGAAAACCAUUGUUUAGAAAUGUGCUGAGCUGUUUAUAAAAACACUGAAAUUAUUUACAAAAGUAAUGUUACUUUCUUUAAUAAAAGUUUAACUUGGUUUAUAUAA